UGUUUGACAUUAAUACUUGUGUCUCUGUUCUCUCUGUGUGCAGGUGGUCCAGAUAACCAGGUGCACUUUGAAGGAUAUCAGGUGUCCAAUCAGUGCAUGGCUUUGGUGAGAGACGAGUGCCUACUGCCCUGCAAAGACGCUCCUGAGCUGGGCUUCGCUAAAGAGUCCAGCCCUGAGCAGUACGUACCAGACGUCUUCUACAAGGACAAAGACAAAUUUGGAAACGAUGUGACGUUUCUAGCCCGGCCUCUCCCUGUGGAGUACCUCAUCAUAGACAUAACUACCACUUUUCCAAAGGACCCUCAGUACACCUUCUGCUCCACACAACGCUUCCCCAUCGAGAACCGUGAUAUUCUGGGAGAGACACAAAAUUUCCACAGUUUAGCGACGUACCUGUCCCAGUGCACCUCCACGGCGUUCCUGGACAUCGUGUCGGACUUCCAUCUGCUCCUCUUCCUCGUCACCAAUGAAGUCAUGCCUCUGAGAGACAGCAUCGGGUUGCUACUGGAUGCAGUGAGGACUUCUAAUGAGGACCUGGCACAGACCUGGAAGAAGUCGGAGCAGUGGGCCACCAUCGAGCAGCUGUGCAGUACGGUUGGCGGGCAGCCCUCCAGCUCUCUGGGUUACGGGGCCAUGGGCGGCCCCUCGGUCCCCGCCUCCUCCUCAGCCAUGUGGUCCUGCCUCCACUGCACCUUCAUGAACCAGCCUGGUACAGAGCACUGUGAAAUGUGCAGCCUGCCCCGCAGUUAAACCCCCCACCCGCC